GAGUUUGCUGCCGCUCUGUUGACACAGCGGCUCCGGUGAAGAGUGAAGUCGGAGUGAUGGCGCUGGACUGACCGUCAUCGUCCUGCUCCUGUAGUUACUCGUCAGUUUGCAGAUGAGCCCUGUGAGGAGUGAGCAGCAGCUCAGCCAUGUUGAUCCGUCUCAUAUCUGCGCUCGUUUUAUUCAAAGCGUCCGCAGAGCUGGCUGCAGAGAGCACAGGACGCUCCCUGCAUGACAAUGACUGGAACUUUUCAAACCGGGCUCACAUGGGACAAGAGCCCUUUCACAUCCAACUACCAGAGCUGGACCCACUGCCAGGUUCUGCAUUUAACCUGAGAGUCCAGGUCAGUGAUGUGCUGAGUCGUCAGUCGCUAAGCCAGGCAGUGGUGGAGGUUUACGUCAACUACACCAUUGCCAGCACUGCACUCACCGGGGAGGAUGGCAGCGCUUUGCUUCACGUUCCUUACCACACUGGUGUGCCUGUCACAGUUGUGGCCAGCAAGGAUGGCUACAUUUGCACACUGCUGCCUUGUAAAACCAGCAGGAUGCCAAUAUUUUCAUCAGUGACCAUGUCACUACUUGGUCUCAAUCAAGGGAACAUCUGGCUCUUUGAGGAUUCUGUCCUGAUCACUGGAAAAACAUCUGAUGCUUUGUCGCAGCCCGUAGUCCAGUUUCCACAGAGCCUCCUGAAUCUAACGGAUGACAUUAAUGUCACCUCGGUCAGAGCCUACCUGACCAUUCCCAAGCUGUCGUCAGAGGGCGAUGGCUUUCUCAACACUGUGGGCAUUGUGAGCAGUAAGUCAGGGUUCGUCAGUGUGGAGCUGAGCCCGAUGGCGGCUGUAAGUGUGCAGCUUUUCUCGGGAGACAUGGAGCUACAUGUGAGCGGGCCCAUACAGCUCAGCCUCAGCGUUCCUGACAGCUGUGGACUUCAGAUGUCCAGCGUCGUCCCAGCGUGGUUCUUUAACCGGACCACUGGAGGGUGGAUGAGAAAAGGACUCGGGAAGGUGGUGUCAGUCAAUGGAAAACUUUUGUGGACAUUCACAGCUCCUCACCUCGGCUACUGGAUCGCAGCACCUUUGUCUUCUAACAGAGAUUUUUUUGGCCUUGCUCUUCCCAUUGACUUCAUCUUACAGCAUUCAUCCGUCCUGAUGGUCGUCCUCGGAGGAGUGCUAGUUAUCGUCAUCAGUCUUCUGGUUGGAUUGUUGUGCCAUCGCAGCAGAAGUUCCCUCAGUGGAUCUGAGAUAAAGAUGAUCCUGCCAGUGACGAGAAAAGACCAAACCACCUCCACCUGUGAUGAUGACGUCUUUGAGUUACACGAUGUGCUUAACCAGCCUCUCACAGAAAAUCCACACGACACCUCUGUCAACUCAAUCCACAAUCACAGUGUAAUAGCCAAUCCCAACGCUGUGGCCAUGGACCUCAACACUGAACCAAAUGAUUGUUUAUUCAAAACUACAGAGCAGAUGAGACUUCCAGUAUCUCUGGCUGAGAAUUUGUUUUUCUACAACCAGCCUGUUGCUAUCCUUCACGCCCCAGCAUUCUUCCAUGUGGAGGAGCAGGAGGAACUCAACCAGCGGGGCAGGUCGGCUACUCUGCCCCGUGCAGGGGCUUCAAACGGAGCUGCCGCUGAGCCUCUGAGUAAAGACAGCUUCACCCAGACACAGACAAAAGGUCAGACUGUGACCCAGAACCAGGAGGGAGAGACAGAGGACCAGCUGGGAGUUCUAGAGGACCCCCCCGCCAACACAACCAGGGGUCACUUCAGCCUCCCAGAGUCAGCGUCUGUCCCUGGAACAUUAAAUAAAAUCAGGGACAACAGACACUCGCUACAUGCCUUCGGAGAGUUUUCUAGAAUCCCUCAACCUCAGCAUCCCCGGGCCUGGUUUGUGUCACUGGAGGGCAAACCUGCAGCUGAGAUCCGUUACGCUGUGUCGGAGCAGCAGAGGAGACAAAGGCCGGUGGAGAGUCGGGACACCAGUUUAGACUCGGGGGUGGACAUGAGCGAACUGAACCAGUCGUCUGGGAGGAGGACUGUGACACUGGAGCGCAACGCUACUUUUGUCAAAAGCACAUCUGGCAGUAAACACACAGCUCCGCAGUAAAAACCCUUCAAUACAGAACUGUAAGAUUCAGCAGAAUCACCUCUGUCUAUGACAAAUCCCUUAUUGACCUUAUUGGUUUAAUAUUAACAUAUUAACAUUUGUAAUGUUCUUAGAAGAGCAGCAGCUGUGAACAACCUGUCUCACCUCUUCUCUCCUGUUUCAAUGCUCUAGUUUGAACUAAACUCAUCCAAAUAGUUUACAAGUGUCAGAUUAUAAUAUAACACAGUGAUAAGUUUUCCCAGCCAACGUUGCUGACGUAUCUGUCCACCCCCAACGAACCUGGGACUGAUGACCUGAGGUGAAACGCUGCAACAAUCAUAAACUUAAAAUGCUUUUGUCAGUUUAACAAUGUCAUUUAAUUCAAACAUGUGUUCCUAUAGGAGAAUCUUGCAUGGUUUGAUGUAUUUUUCCAUGAAGUGAAUCAUUUA